AUGGCCCCAUUAGCGGGAUCCUCACAUUCUUUCCAGAAACUCAAGCUCGAUACUACUGCGUCGCAUAAACCCGUCAAGUCGACUUUCGCCUCCAUCAGUCGCAACGACCAGCACGCGCCGCCGCAGCAGCGACAGCCGCAACAGGCCGAACCGCACAAUGGGCCAGAUUCCUCACUCUUGAGUGCCUCUGACUUCAUCGGUUCCAAUUACUUCGCCGCUUCGCACAAUUCAGUCUCGUCUCACAGGGGCGACCAGAAUGGCGAAGCCAAGCUCGAUGACAUCGAAACCCGCUUCCGGAACCGAACGACAUCCAUAAGUUUCGACAAUGCCGUUACGCUUGACAGCGGAAAUCGUCUAAGCGUCGAAGAGCCGCUUCCGAAAUUCUCUAGUUCACGCGCCGCGUCCGACGAUGAAGACGAUGCCCGCUCCUCCGACCAGGACUAUAUCGAGAUUCCGGCCAAAGAACGGCGGCAUCCCAUGCAUCGUUUGUAUGGCCAGUCUCCCUUCGCUGUGCUGCCGCGCACUGCUUCCAAUUAUGUCAAAGAUGCCCCAUUCCAUGACCAGGAUCAUGUUGCUUCCCUCACCUCUGAUGCAACCGCAUCUCCGGUGAUGGACGAGGUCCGCACCCCGCCAGAGACCCCGUCUGAGUACAUGCUCUCUCCGAUCCCUGCGACCUCUCCCAUCGAGUUCCCGCCAUUUGGAAUGCCCCGACGACAGCCUCCGGCACGCACACGGAGUUACCGUUCCGAGAUGGACGGGGAGGCCAAUGGAAGUUUGCGCAAAACUAGUCGCCGCUCCUCGACCCGCUCUGGUCGGUCUCUGUCUUCCAUGUCGCCAGCAGCGUCGUUUCUGUCCCGUUACAAGGUUACCGAUGCUCCUCUGAAGCCGAGCGAACCAGACGACGAAGGUCAGGGCAUCGGCUACCAAAAUGAAUACAUCAUUGGCAAGCAAAUCGGCUAUGGCGGCUUCAGCGUCGUUAAAGAGGUCAGCACAAUCGAGAACGGGGUCAGAGUCGUGCAUGCCGUCAAGAUCGUGCGCAAGCAACUCAAGAACAAGUCAGAGGUGGACAAUGAGCAGAUUCAGACCCAGUUUGAUCACGAGGUGGGCAUUUGGCGGUUCCUGAGGCAUCCUUACAUAUUGCCACUGCUCUGUGUGUACAACACGGAUUUCGCGACUUUCUGCAUCACGAAAUUGAACAAGGGCGGAACCCUUCACGACCUGAUUCGGGAUAUUCGCCGAAAGAAUCUGAAGGGUCUCCCAACACAUUUGGCAAAACGGUACACAUGUCAACUAGCAUCAGCCCUUCGUUAUUUGCAUAACGAUGUCCUUGUGGUCCACCGAGACGUCAAGUUGGAAAACUGCCUUCUGGAUAUGACCGUUCCUAAUGCCGAGAAGGAUGGUGGGGAUGUUUUGCUAUGUGACUUUGGAAUGGCUGACUUCUUCGUGAGCGACCAACGAGACGGGCCGGAACCGCAUUCUACUGGUGACAAUCAGAAUAUUGGACCGGCGGACACAAGCACAUCGAUCCAAGGGAGUCUUCAGUACGCCGCACCCGAACUUUUCGGCGCUACGGGGUCCGUAUUUUCACCAGCGGCAGAUAUUUGGGCUUUCGGUGUUGUGGUGUACGCGCUGCUGACCGCAAGACUACCUUUCAACGAGGGGUUGGACGCGAAAACGAUAGUGAGAAUCCAGAAGGGAGAGUGGGAUGCAGAAGCCGUUCGCCAGGCCGAAGCUCUGCAAGACGGUGGAGUGGAAGAAGCAAUGGAGUUGCUUACCGGAUGUUUGACUGUGGAUCCGGACAAACGCUGGACCAUUAAUGACGUCCUUUCUUGUUCGUGGCUGGCAGGAUGCUCACAUAUAUACGAAGAUGUGACACGAUCCUGGCUCGCUGGUUCAUAG